AUGUCAUUACAAUCAGAUCAAGAUAUCGAUCGUUCUAAACUUAAGAAAGACUGGUCUAGUGUUCGUGAUGUUCGUCAAGAAUCACCAACCUUUGGAACUCGAAUUCUAGAAAACAAGGAACAUGUUUGGAAUCAUAAUGCCUGGGAUAACGUAGAAUGGGAUGAAGAGCAAGAAAGAUAUGCUCGAGAAAAAGUUCAUAAACAAUCUAAUAAACCCAUGCCCCUUGAAGAACAACAAAAAUAUCACCAAGAUGCGUCAAAAUAUUGGAAUACCUUUUAUCUUCAUAACGAAAACAAAUUUUUUAAAGAUCGUCAAUGGUUGAAAAUAGAAUUCCCUGAACUUCACGAUGCUACAAAGUUAGAUGUCGGUCCAAAAAAAAUAUUUGAGAUAGGGUGUGGAGCUGGAAAUACAAUGUUUCCAUUAUUAUCUGUAAAUCAAAAUCCUGAUUUAUUUAUUUAUGCUUGUGAUUUUGCUCUAAAUGCUGUUGAUGUUGUAAAGAAUAAUUCAGCAUUUAAUCCUCAAAAAAGUUGCGCAUUUGUUUGGGAUCUGACCAGUACAAAUAUACCGGAAAACAUUGAACCUGGUUCACUUGAUAUUGUUGUACUAAUAUUUGUUAUGUCAGCUAUUCAUCCUCAAUGUUGGAAUCAAGCUGUGGAAAAUGUCUACAAGAUGCUUAAACCUGGUGGAUUGGUUCUGUUUAGAGAUUACGGUAGGUAUGAUAUGGUACAAUUAAGAUUUAAGGAAGGUCGUAUGUUAUCUGAUAACUUUUACGUCCGAGGUGAUGGUACGCGUGUAUAUUUCUUUACUUCAGAUGAAAUCCAAACAAUAUGGGGUACAAAAUUUACACUUGAACAGAAUGCUGUAGAUCGUAGAUUAAUUGUUAAUAGACAUCGUAAACUUCAAAUGUAUCGAAUUUGGUUACAAGGUAAGUUUAGAAAAAUAGAUGAAACGAAUACUUUGUAA